AUGGACGACCAAGUGGAUUUCGACAUCAAUGAGUCGCUGAAGCUGUAUCUGAGUGAUGCGACCACGAUCCCAACUCCUGAGGCAGCGUCGGACCUGCUUGACUGCGAAAAUGACCCUGAGAGCCUCACAUUAGCCCUGGUGGACAGUGUGCUGGAACCCGUGAUAGAUGUUAUUACAGAGAACCCGGAGGGGCUGUCAAAAAGUUCGGCGUUCGAUACCUUACAGUUUCUAUUAAAACAAGCUCCAGCCCUAUCUCCCCAGUUAUUGAGCAAGAUCUUACACCUCGUUGUCUCGGGCUUGUCGACCGCAGCGGACGUUGCGAACCAUGACAUUGAGAACGAUGAGCAGGAGACCCUGCACCAACACAAGCGUUUGCUGGAAAUGUACGGCUUUCUCCUCCAAUGGUCCAUAUCGGCCGUCGAGACGAAAGCGCUGGAAAAGUCAACGACGGCUACAGCAAGAAGAGGCGGCAAGGGAGCAAAGUCAAAGUCGACUUCCAAAGACGAAAAAUGGGAUUCAUCUAAUCAGAUACAGAGCUCUAUGGACGUCAUGUGCCGGGUGAUGAAACUGAAGUUGAAUCGCGUCUUUCAAACGACCUCCGAUCGCGAUACGUUCAUCAACCUAUUCACAAGGUCUGUGUACCUGAUCAUGGAAAGCGAGGCUAGGGUCAAAGUCACAGCAGUCCGCAUGUUCUGCUUCAAGGUGCUCUGUGUCGCUGUAAAGCAUCACGGUCAUGCGUUAGGGGCACAAACAUCCAUCGUCCAGAAUCUUACUUACUUCGAACACCUGUCGGAGCCCAUGGCAGAGUUUCUGCACAUCUUGUCGGAACAAUACGAUUACCCUCACCUAUCAGCCGAGAUUCUCAGAGAGCUGGCUGCAAAGGAGUUCAGUCAGAAUGACACCAAAGGUCCGAAGUCGGUGUCGGCAUUCAUCGUCAAACUUUCAGAGCUGGAGCCAAGACUGGUCAUUAAAGAGAUGGGUCUUCUGGCCAAGUUCCUGGACAGCGAAUCACAUGUCCUGAGAUGUGCGGUUAUUGAAGUCUGCGGUAAUCUGCUUGCGGACUUGAGCAAGCAAGAGGAGAAGAGCGAGACCACCAAGAUCCAGAUCAAUGCGUUCUUCGAUACUCUCGAACAGCGUUUUCUCGACACGGCACCAUUUUGCAGAGUCCGGACAAUGCAGGUGCUGACCAAGAUAUGCGACUUGGAGCAGAAGUUUCCUAAGAGGAGACAAAAUGCCGCCGAACUUGCUAUGCAAAGCCUACAAGACAAAAGCAGCAAUGUCCGACGCAACGCGAUCAAGCUGCUGAAGAAACUGGUGUCUUCUCAUCCCUUCAGCUUGAUGCACGGGGGCCAAUUGUCACAUAGCGACUGGACGGAAAGACUCGAAGUAGUCGAAAGAGAGCUGGACGCUUUAAAGCCGCCACCAGACUCGCCUGGGCUGGCACGGACAGCUGCUGGCGAAGAGCCGGUCGACCAAGAACUUCUUGACGAAGCUACUCAAGCCGAAGUCGAGCCAAAGGGGAUGACUGAAGAGGAACAAAUCGCUGCUCUCAAAAAGGCCCAGGAGGACGUUGUGACGUCUGAGGCCAUCGGCAAACUCCAGUUGACUCGAAAAUAUUACCUCGAAGCUCUGAGAUUCAUCGAUAUCAUUCAUGAAGCAUCAGAGAUUGCAGUUCAGCUAUUGUCAUCACCCAACAAGACAGAAGUGAUCGACGUGAUGGACUUCUUUGUCACUAUCGAUGCGUUCAAGGUUGAAACAGCUCGAAGAGGUAUCCGACGCAUGCUGCGACUGAUCUGGACCAAAGGGAACAGUGACGAAGGGAAGGGUGUCCAAACGCACCUGAUCGACAACUAUAAGAACCUCUUCUUUGAUGCUCCAGAGACAUUCACGGCCAACGAUGCCGCCAACUUCAUCGCAAGGAAUAUGAUCAGUCUGACGUUUGGAGCUACGCCUGCGGAAUUGACGUCGCUUGAACAACUGCUAAGCACAAUGUUCAGGGCGGGCCACAUCUCGGACCUGGUGGUCUCCAAGCUGUGGCAGGUGUAUGGCGUCAACAAGGAAAUUUCCAGAGCGCAGAGAAGAGGAGCCAUCAUUGUGCUGGGUAUGAUUGCUCUCGCCAGUCCGGACGUCGUCGUGAAGGAGAUGGACACGAUGCUUCGAGUUGGUCUAGGACUGCUGGGCCGGGCAGAUCUUGUGCUCGCCAAGUUCACUUGCGUCGCGCUUCGACGCAUGAUUCCAACUGCCAAAAAGGCUCAAGAAAAGACUACUGGAGGUCUGGCAAAAAUGCCCAACAACCACGAAGUGUUGCGUAUGCUCGCAUCCAUACUUCUAACUACUUCGCCUAGCAAAGACUGGUACGGCAUGGCAGAACAAGCCAUCAGUGCAAUCUACGUCCUGUCCGACCAUCCAGAUGUCUUGUGCUCAGAGGUAGUUAGGCAGAAGACCCGACUCGUUUUUCAGCAGACAAAAGACCUGAAAUCCAUGUCGAGAACACCUUCUCCCGAACCCGAUGCAAUGGACGUUGAUGGAGAAGAGGACGUUGUCAACCCAGAAAACGAGGCACAAGAGCCAGAACCCGCACAUGCGAAGCAGGAGAAGCCCUCGCUUGCACUUUCGCAAUUAUUGUUUGCUGUUGGCCAUAUCGCUGUCAAGCAAAUCGUGCAUCUCGAGCUGUGCGAACUUGAUUUCAAGCGCCGGAAACAACAACAGGAAAAGGAUAAGUCAGUCUCAAAUCCCUCGCCGGAGAAUUCGUCAGACGAGAAAGACGAGUUGGACCUAAUCGGGGGUACGACCGAAGACGAUUUUACUGAAGCCAUUGCCCACAUCCGCGAACGCGAAUUGCUGUACGGCCCCAGUUCACUACUCGCCAACUUCGGACCAUUGGUAACAGAAAUCUGUGCCAACAACACCGCAUACAAAGACCGCAAUCUUCAAGCUCAAGCCACACUGUGUCUCGCUAAGCUUAUGUGCGUGAGUGCCGAGUACUGCGAAAAGAACCUCCCGCUCCUGAUCACCAUUCUCGAACGGUCCACUGACCCCAUAGUGCGAUCCAACGCCGUUAUCGCACUAGGUGACAUGGCUGUAUGCUUCAACCACCUCAUCGACGAGAACACCGACUUCCUGUACCGCCGCCUCAAUGAUGCGGACGAAUCUGUCAAGCGUACUUGUCUUAUGACCCUUACAUUCCUGAUCCUUGCCGGCCAGGUCAAGGUCAAGGGUCAACUUGGCGAGAUGGCCAAAUGUCUCGAAGACGGGGACAAGAAGAUUGCUGAUCUGGCAAGGAUGUUCUUCUCGGAGUUAGCAACAAAAGACAACGCCGUGUACAAUCAGUUCGUGGACAUGUUUAGUGUUCUCACGCAAGAAGGACCGCUGGAGGGCGGUGUAAUGGAGGAGGAGGCUGUCAAGAGGAUCCUCAAGUUCUUGUGUGGCUUUAUUGAAAAGGAUAAACACGCCAAAAACUUGGCCGAGAAGCUCGCGGCGCGACUUAACCGGUGCGCGAACAAGCGACAGUGGGACGAUACCGCGUAUGCGUUGUCCCUACUGCAGCAUAAGAAUGAGGAGAUAGCCAAGAAGGUGCAGGAAGGGUAUCGCGUUGUUGAGGUUGGGAUAGAGGCUUGA